UUACUCCGCUGCUUUUUGUCAUAUGAAAGCUAACAAGCUAAACUAACAGUGACCAUGGAUGUGAGCCGGUUCACAAGGGGACGGUGUAGCAGUGUCACCGGACAACUAUAACACCUAUCCACGGUGGCUUCCCUCUUCUCCUCACCAAUAUCUGUGUAAUUUCUACAUUUCCUGUGCAGUCAGCCGGUUAUCUUUGCGACUUUUGCCCUCUUUAUCCCGCUGGGGCUCAUGCUAGUGGGUUAGCCUGCUAGCUAAUUAGCUCGAAGCUUUGCAUUGUGAGGCUAACUAACUAACUGGAUUUAACGGACAUGAGAGAUGGCAUCUGUUCGGGUGGCUGUCCGGGUGAGACCCAUGAACAGGAGGGAAAAGGACUUGACCGCAAAAUGCAUUAUCAAGAUGGAAGGGAACAAAACCUCCAUCACCAACCUGAAGAUCCCCGAUGGUAACGCAGGUGAAGUGUUGAGGGAUCGAAUUAAAACCUUCACGUACGACUUCUCCUACGACUCCAUGGACUCCAAGAGCUCCCCAUUCGUGUCCCAGGAAAAGGUUUUCAAAGAUCUGGGCUCUGACGUGCUGAGGGCGGCGUUUGAAGGAUACAACGCCUGCGUGUUCGCCUACGGUCAGACCGGCUCGGGGAAGUCCUACACCAUGAUGGGAAAUCCUGGAGACGCAGGUCUGAUCCCGAGGUUCUGUGAAGGUUUGUUCACUCGUAUCGCUGCGACCACUCGAUGGGAUGAAGCUUCAUUUCGUGCAGAAGUCAGCUACCUGGAGAUCUACAACGAGAGGGUGAGAGACCUGCUGAGGAGGAAGUCCACUCAGACCUACAACCUGAGAGUCAGGGAGCACCCCAAGGACGGGCCGUAUGUAGAAGAUCUGUCCAAACACCUGGUGCAGAACUACAGCGACGUGGAGGAGCUGAUGGAGGCCGGAAACAUCAACCGCACCACCGCCAGCACGAGCAUGAACGACGUCAGCAGCCGCUCGCACGCCAUCUUCACCAUCAACUUCACACAGGCUAAGUUUGAUUCAGAGAUGCCCAGUGAGACGGUCAGUAAGAUCCACCUGGUGGACCUGGCCGGCAGCGAGCGAGCCGACGCCACGGGAGCCACGGGCGUCCGACUGAAGGAGGGAGGAAACAUCAACAAGUCUCUCGUCACCCUGGGCAACGUCAUCUCUGCUCUAGCGGACAUGUCUCAGGACGGAGGGAACACCAACCUGAAGAAGAAGGCGGUGUUUGUUCCCUACAGAGACUCCGUGCUCACCUGGCUGCUCAAAGACAGCCUGGGCGGAAACUCCAAAACCAUCAUGAUCGCCAACGUUUCCCCCGCCGAUGUGAACUACGGAGAGACGCUGAGCACGCUGCGCUACGCUAACCGAGCCAAGAACAUCAUCAACAAACCCACCAUCAACGAGGACUGCAACGUCCGGCUGAUCAGAGAACUGCGAAAUGAGAUCGCCCGCCUGAAGGCUCUGCUGGUUCAGGGCAACCAGAUUGCUCUCCUGGACUCGCCCACUGCUCUCAGCAUGGAGGAGAAACUGCACCAGAAUGAAGCCCGAGUGUUAGAGCUGACUAAAGAGUGGACCAACAAGUGGAACGAGACGCAGAACAUUCUCAAGGAGGAGACUCUGGCUCUGAGGAAGGAGGGCAUCGGCGUGGUGCUGGACUCAGAGCUGCCUCACCUCAUCGGCAUCGACGACGACCUCCUCAGCACCGGCAUCAUCCUGUACCAUCUGAAGGAGGGACAGACAUAUGUGGGCAGAGAGGACGCGUCCACGGAGCAGGACAUCAUCCUGCACGGUCUGGACCUGGAGAGUGAGCACUGCAGGUUUGAGAACCAGAACGGGAAAGUGACUCUGGUGCCGCUCGGUAGAGCUCAGUGUUCGGUUAACGGAGUUCAGGUGACGGAGCGGUCGCAGCUCAACCAAGGUGCGGUGAUUCUGCUCGGCAGGACCAACAUGUUUCGGUUCAACCAUCCCAAAGAGGCGGCCAAGCUGAGGGAGAAACGGAAGAGUGGCGUCCUCUCUACGUUCAGCCUCUCCAUGACAGAUCUGUCCACGUCCUGUGAGAACCUGUCCACUGUGAUGCUCUACAACCCGGGGCUUGAGUUUGAGAGACAGCAGCGAGAAGAGCUGGAGAAACUGGAGCUGAAAAGGAGGCUGAUAAAGGAGAUGGAGGAGAAGCACCAGAGUGAGAAGGCAGAGCUGGAGCGGCUGCAGCAGGAGGUGGAGAGUCAGCGCAAAGAGUCUGAGGAGGUGCAGCAGAGGAUCCUCCAUCAGGAGGAGAGCCUCCGCUCGCGCAGCCAGGACAUCGAGAGCCGCCUGCAAGACUUCCUGGCCGAGAAGGAGCGCUUCGAGGAGGAGCGACGCUUGGAGAAUCACACAGAGGACCUCCAGCGGCAGAAAGUGCAUCGGGAGGAAGUCAUAGAGGAGGAGCAGGAGGAUGAAGAGCAGGAUGAAGAGCAGCGGAGGCAGCAGGAGGUGGCGGAGCAGACGGAGAUCUACCGAGAGCUGGAGAAGCUGAAGAGGGAGCGCGAGGAGCAGAAGAUUCGUCUGGAGACGGAGCGCCGGCGCCUGGAGGAGCAGGGCCGCGAGCAGCUGAGCCUGGUGGGGCGGCUGGAGGAGCAGCUGAGGGAGAAACACGACACCUCCUCCAUCCUGCUGACCCGGGAGGACGCCCGCCGCCUGGAGGAGGAGCGCAGAGCCCUGGCUGACAUCAGAGAGUCACUCCUCCACGCUAAAGAGGCCUCAGAGCGGACGGACGUGGAGGACGCUGGCGGGAAGGAGGCGAGAUCUGCCCUGACGCGAUACACCGACUUCAAGGAGGCGCAGGUGAAGGAACUGGGCCAGCUGGAGGAGGGGCUCCGGCAGCAGAGGGAGCGCCUGGAGAAGGAGGUUUCUGUGGAGAGAAACACUCUGCAGCACCUCAACCACGGACUCAAAGACCGGCACCAGCAGCUGAAGGAGACGCAGGAGAAGGGGGCGCAGGACGCUACAGAAGUGUCCCAGGAGGAGCAGCUGGUGAAGCAGGCGGAGCACAGGCUGCAGUUUAAGGAGCGACAGCUGGCCAGUGUUUCUGACGGACUCCUCCCCGCGCUGGCCGAGGAGAAGCUGAGAGCGGCCGAGAUGCUGGAGCGCAGCGGAGGAGGAAACAACGGGAACUGCGACAUCCCGCCGGGGCUCGACAACACGCUGUUCCAGGUGGAGAAGGAGCUGGAGGAGAAGCAGGAGAAGCUGAGCCUCCACCUGCACAGCGCUCAGCAGCUGCAGCAGCUCCAGGAAACCUACGAGUUCACGGCCAACGUGGCGCGGCAGGAGGAGAAGGUGAGGAGGAAGGAGAAGGAGAUCCUGGAGUCCAAGGACAAGCAGCAGAGAGAGGCGAUGGAGCAGGCGGUGGCCCGGCUGGAGAGGAGGCACGCGGCCCUGAGGCGCAGCGUCUCUCUGGAGCCUGAAGCCGAGGAGCAGAGACACAACAGCUCCGUCAGGAACCUGAGGAGCGGAGCCGAGCUGGAGCAGCACAGGGUGGAGCGGGAGAUCCAGAAGCUGCGACAGAGGAUCAGUGAAGGAGAAGAGAACAACAGGAGUCACUCCAUCAGUAACGAGGAGAAGAGCAGCUCUGCGGUCAGCCACAUGCAGAGUCUGACCACGCUGCUGCCGCUGUCCGACGACAGGAUAAAUGCCUACAUUGAAGAGGAAGUCCAGCGGAGGUUACGCAAGAUGAAUCUUCUCAACGGCAGCAGCAGCAUGGAUCUGUCUCUGUCUCUCUCCUGCGAAUCUCUCAGGGAGGAGGAAGAAGCUAGUGACUGUAGCUCUGUUAGAUUAACAGAGGAGGAUGAGGAAAAGCAGAACAACAUGAAUCCGAGACGGCUCAAAUAUGAGAAAGCCUGCGAGUCCGGGUCUAGCUUCCUGCCUGCCCCGGAGCUUGAGGCUUACUCCCCUCCUCACAACCAGGAAAACCUGUUGGAAGAACCAGAGAACGACCUCUUAAAGCUUCACAGAGAAGAAAAAGUAGAAUCAGCUGGAGAGUUGAUUAAAAUAGAGGAAGUGCCUUACAAAUAUGUCCACUACGACAAAUGGUGGCGAGAUGGAGUGACAGUACCCCAUGAAGAGGUUGCCCAAGAUGUCUGUAAACCUGAUCACUGUGACAUUGGACAACGCAAGCUUUUUGACACAUCGGCAAACGCAGAGAACAACGGAUUUGAUGAAAACAAAAACAUUCCUGAUAAGGGAGGAAACUCUUCUGCCUGCUGUGAACCCGAUGAUGAUAAAAAGGUUGAAGAUACAGCCAGCAAGCACCAAACAGGGAUGGAACGAGAUGGUGAACUUCCCAAUGGUCAAUCAUCAAAGUUGAAGAACUCUGUCAAUGGUAACAUCAGUGAAUCCGUAAAUAAGACCAAUUCAAAAACUGAGAAAGUAGCAGCAAACAGGGGCUAUGGUUUUGGUUAUUUUGCUGGAAAGUUGUCCGAAGUGUACAAAGACGCCAGUAGAACACUACAGGGCACAAGUGAAAUCAUUCGAAAUGUACGAGUGACUGAAAUGAAGGAUGUAGUCUCUCAGUAUGUGACCAUGAUGUCCAAAGAGCUGCCACUGAUUAACCGAAUGCAACCGGAGCCAGAACCAUGUUUUGAUGCCAAAGAGAACAAAGUCAGUCUGGUUGAUCUGUCCAAAGAUUGCGCCCUAAGUCUACCUCAAAGUUGUGGCAUGUCUACGAUCCCAGGCGUCUCCGAAUGGCCAGAAGGCUCUGUGUCGUCUCUCAAAGACCAAUGUCCUGAAGUGUUUUAUCAAAAGUUAGUCCAGCUGCCUCCAGUCUUGUCCGAGCUACAGACCUUUACAUCCCAGAAGAUGCUUGAAAAGUUGGAAUCUCUGAGUCCUCAAAUCAAAGUCAACAAGCUCUUGAGUAUCUUCUGGCUCAAAGCUGCCAACAGUAAGCAGCCGAUACCAAAGCCUGGGUGCUUGCUUUUGACCGAAAAGGAGAUAAUAGUGCUGUCAAGUGAAGCAAAUUCAGACGACACCAUAACUAUUCGUCACCAUUUUAAUCUCCUGGAAAUCAAGAUAGUCCAGAUUAGCUUGGCAGGACAGCACGUUCGCCUAAUUGGCUCCACGGAAGACACCGUCUUGGUAGUUUUUACCCACAGCAAAGAGCUGACCCAGGACUUCUGCAAGGCUUUACUGAAGGUCCUUUCUCAGGGAAAGUCCUCUGAAGGGACUGAAGAUCACCCGUUGCUCUCCGGUGAUCUCAUGGUUCUCUCUUUGGAUUGGAGGUCAAACAUUCCUGACAUCGUUCUGGAUAACGGACUUCAAGUCACCUGCCGAUUCAAGCGCAUCCUCGCAGACUUGCUCUACAUCGUCCACGGGAACAUGGAGGGUCCUGGCAAACCUUCUCUGGCACACAUUCGUCCUCUGCUCUACACCAGCGUCAAGGUCAAGGACGUUCCCCGCUUGCCCAAAGACGCCAUUUAUCAGUUCCUCCUGACAGACAGUCAUGUGGUUCUUCUUCGGGAGGACGGCGUCUUUCACCCGGUGCCACGAGGAUCCAGUCUGCUUCUUGCUAUUCCUCAGUUUCAGGCACUCAAACUCUGCCGACGAUCAGACAUCAGAUGCUUGUUCGUGAAGAAGGAUGACAACUGCCUGGUGGUGGAUUUCACGUUUAAAACAAAAAAAACUCAAACGCGAGAGAAGAAGAUCGAGUUCAGACGAGGCUCGGCUGACGUGUGCUCCAUCACCAAUUUGAGCAGUCAGGGUGAUUCCUGGAAGUUAUGUUUUGGAUGUUCCUCAGAAGCUGAGAUCUUGAUAAACCAUCUGUGUACUUGAGUUAAACACCGAAAGGCAGUUUCACUUGAAUUAAGUCACAAAUGCAACGUACUUAACUGCGUCCAAAAGGAAGAAAUUGAAAUGAAGAAAGAUAUUCAGUCACUUAUAAUUGUUUCGGGAUGUGUUAAAUAAGUUACCACAAAUUGACGGAAAACGAGUUGGAGACAUUUCUGGAAACAUGAUUAUUUAUAAUGUCAAAGUAAAUGCAUUUAUAAGUAAUUUUAGAUGUUCAAAUGUUAUUUUGUGAUUUCGUCAUUGUGCCUAAAGAUUUUCUUUUUAAAUGAAGAAGCACAGAUCAUGUUAGGUUUAUAUUCAUUAUUAUUUCUUGUCAUUUCUGUUGUUUAUUUGUUUUAAAUAAUAAAUUAAAAAACAAUUAUAUGUACUUUUGAAUUUCAAUGUUUUUUUUUUAAAUGUUUUUUUUGCUUUCUACUAUUUUAAGUCAUGUUGACAAUUCUUGAUUUUUGUUUGCCUUGCAAUCAUUUAUGGUUAAAAGGGAACAUUUUGCAGCUGCACUUUAAUUAUCGAUCGAAUGACUUCAAUAAAUGCUUUAUGAUAAGAAGUGAUUAAACAUGAAAUAUGAUUAAUAUGUAUUUAAAUCAGCAAUGUUUAAAGUGCCUUUAACUGUUAAUAAACAGGAUAAUAAAGA